UCUGCAAUCUGCAUUGCGCACGUAUAUAACAGCCCAGCUAAUAUCAUAUCAUAUAUUCAUAUCCAUCCAUCAAUGAGCCGCGUGGCCAUGCAUAAAACAGCAAAUAUAUUACUUUUGAAUUAAGUAGAAAUGGUUGAUUAUAUGACCCUAGCUUCAUCAUCAUCAUCAUCAAUAUUGUUUCUGUUGUUCUCGUCUGUAUUACCCCUGCUGCUAGUAUGCAAACUGGUCGUGGAGGUGUUGGUAGUAAAAAGCAAUAAUGCGAAGCGGCUUCCUCCGGGGCCACGAAGGUGGCCGAUAGUCGGUAACCUUCUUCAGCUGGGACAGCUGCCUCACCGCGACUUGGCUUCCUUUUGCGACAAGUAUGGGCCGUUGGUGUACCUACGGCUGGGGUGUGUGGAUGCGAUCACAACCAACGAUCCCGACACCAUACGCGAAAUACUGGUGCAACAAGACGAGGUGUUCGCGUCCCGGCCGAGAACGCUGGCAGCCGUCCAUUUGGCUUACGGAUGUGGCGAUAUCGCACUUGCCCCCUUGGGUCCCGACUGGAAGUGGAUGCGGAGGGUGUGCAUGGAGCACUUGCUGACGACGAAGCGGCUGGAGUCCUUCGCGGCGCACCGUGCCGAGGAAGCGCGCCACCUGGUGCAGCAGGUGUGGAGAAUGACCGCGACCCAAGGUGGCACAGUGAAUCUGAGGGAGGUGCUGGGGGCUUUCUCUAUGAACAAUGUGACGAGGAUGCUGCUGGGAAAGCAGUUCUUUGGCGAGCAGCAACAGUCGGCAAGCUGCAGUGGCGGUGAAGCCAUGGAGUUCAUGUCCCUCACUCAUCAGCUCUUCCAUCUGCUGGGCGUGAUCUACCUGGGAGACUAUCUCCCAGUGUGGAGAUGGAUUGACCCGUACGGGUGCGAAAAGAAAAUGCGGGAGCUGGAGCGCAGGAUCGAUGCUUUCCACAUCAAAAUCCUACAAGAGCACAGAAAGAACAAGAGAGUUGAUCCCAUGGACUUUGUUGAUGUUUUGCUGUCCUUGCCUGGUCAAAACGGGAAACCCCACAUGGACGACGUCCAAAUUAAAGCUCUGAUUCAAGAUAUGAUAGCUGCAGCGACGGAUACAUCAGCGGUCACGAACGAAUGGGCGAUGGCGGAGGUGAUAAAGCGGCCGCGCAUCCUGAAGAAGAUUCAAGAGGAGCUGGACAGCGUGGUGGGUCAGGACCGGAUGGUGUCAGAGAGCGACCUGCCCCACCUGCCUUACCUGCGUUCCGUGGUGCGAGAGACGUUCCGGACCCACCCGGCCGGACCCUUUCUGAUCCCCCACGAGUCGACGCGCGCCACCACCAUCAGUGGAUACCACAUCCCCGCCGGGACGCGUGUCUUCAUCAACACUCACGGCCUGGGGCGAAA